AUGGGACAGGAGGGCCUAGCAUACUCUGCGCAUCGAUGCAGGCCCCUGCUGACUCUGGCUGCCAGUCUCCUGCUCACCUGUGGACCAGCAUCAACAUUACAAGAACCACGUAGUUCUGGAUUUAUGACUACAAGGCUCAAAACAACACCCAAGACAAGCAGGAGAAUGUUGGACACAAGCACAACAACAGUGACCACUUCAGCUUUACAUUGGAGAAGCAGCAUUCCUUCAAACUUGGCCUCUCUAAAAGGCACAAGAAUCUCACAGAAAACAGUGAGCAGCAUGGAAGUCACCAGCUCUGCUCCCCAUAUAUCAUUUGAAUCAGUUGUACCCAAAGACACACUAUCCACGUUGAUACCCAAAACCACAGGGAAGAGCUAUGUUUCUGCUUCGACGAAUACAUCUAAUUCUACAAAGACUAACACACAUACUGUGAGUGAGUUAGACAGUACCCUUCUACAAGACACAUCCACGACUGUUACUAUGGUGAAGACUAACAUACCUGAGAUGAUUUCGACAACAGAGCAUACUCCUAGUCUUGCUGAAGCAUCCUUCACUAAUUCUGUCCUUGUAUCCAGAACAGAACCUAUGGACAGCAUUUCCUAUCCCAGCCCUCAUCAGUCAACCAAGCCAGGAGAAACCUAUAGUGAAAUGUCCACUGGACCCCCAAACUCUGUCAUUGGCACUAGUCAGACAGGACAUUUUGUGGGGACCUCAAACUUGGUUUCCUCCCAAGAAACACAAAAAACUUCCUCAGUGCCAGGAAUGCACUCUACAGUCUCUCAGAGUUAUCCAUUGAUGGAGAAAUCCACUCUUCUCAGCACAAGUUAUGAUACCCCUUCCAAGGCAAAAUUCUCACCACUGGAAGGAAUCAGCUCUGCACAUUCCUGGGGAACUACAGUCAGAAUGAGCUCUCCAUCACCUGUUAAUUCCACAUCACAAAGGCAUAGUCACUCUUUUACAGGUUCUAUAAACUCACCCGUGCCUGUUACCCAUCACAGUCCGAAGCAAGGUUGGAAGACCACUUGGAUACAAUCUAGAGCACUUGAACAAAUGGAUUCAACCACAAAGUAUGAUCCUAACCAUACUGAAGUGUCCACAAAUGUUUCUCUUCUUGACUCAUGGACAAGGGACAUGUCUACUGGGAACAUAUCCCUUCCAAAGCUACAUGAGUCCACAUCAGAAGAAACUUCCAUUGGAAUCCCCAUCAGGACUCCUGGUUCCAGCCUCACUACAAAGUCACAAAUGUUGGCAAAUAGCCACACCGGACAUUCUGUGUUGGCAUCAAACGUGAAGACUUCUGAAGACACAUCAACUUUUGUGUCAGUUAAACACACUAACUCCAGUGGAGUACAUGCAUUUCCACACUCAGAAUCCAUAGCACCUUCCAACAACAUUGCUUCAGUAACACUGACACCUAUGCCUUGGGAAAAAUCAAUGUCAACAGAAUCCAUAACAAUGCCACGUGAGUCACACUCACCUGCUAGUUCUUCCGUGACAGACAGACACAAAAUAUUAUCUACUAGUUCUCUGGCCUCUGUCAUCAAAAUUUCUAAGAAUUUAAUCCCAACAGAUUUGUCCAUAAGCUCAGGACCUGGGAUUUCUUCAAUUCCGAGUUUGAGUAGCAGUCCUCAGACAAGCUUCAACAAUGCACAAUUAUCCAGUGUCUCACAGAUGACCACUGUUUCCACAGUCAGAAAAGGAAACCAUGAGAAAAAUAGGAAUUCAACAUCCCAGCUCAAAUACACCAUAGCUACACCAAUCUCAUCUGGAAAUGAAUAUUUCACAAUAUUUAUGACCAAAACAGAAGGUACCACAGUUCCAUCUCCACAACCAAUUUCCUUUGCAACCGCAGAGAUUGGAAGACAGACAGAUUCCACCUUGAUCUUAGCAUGGAAAAAUGACAGUAAACCUGCAGACACACAUGCAACCAAAGAACACAAUACUAGUGAGACUGAUGUGCUCACUGCUCCAUCUCUUCCUGAGUCCCAGACAGCAGCUUUGUUUGAGCACAGCACAUCCCUCUCAAUGCUACAUCAGUCAACAUCAAAAGAUACUUCCUUUGGAAUCUCCAUCGGGUUCCCCGGAUCUAUAACCACCACAGAAUCAGAAGAGACAACAGCCAGUCACAGGGGACAUUCUGUGGUGACAUCUAACAUGGUGACUUCCCAAGACACAUCAACCCCUGCUUCAAACAUGGAGACCCAGCACAGUGGGACACGGACAUUUCCACUUUCAGAGUCCAGGCUUCAUUCUGUCAAUCCUCCAUUCCCAUCACAGACUCACUCAACUUGGGAAGAGUCCAUGUCUGCCAGUUCAACAAGACCCACAUCUGAGGCACCCUCACACUCUCCAGUUGCUGCCACUGCAGACAGACACAGUACCAGCUCUCCUCUUUCUGUCACCUCUCUCUUCACAGCUGCUAAGGACCCAACCCCUACCAGAUUAUAUACAACCUCAGGACCAGCAUCUGUUUCAGCACUAAGCCCCAACAGUGUCCAACUCUCCAAAGCCCUACAGACAACCUCUGUUUCCUCACUCACACAAGAGAACAGCAUGGAAAAUGAGACUUACACACGUCAUGCCAAACACACCAUCACACCUACAUCCGCUCCAUGGGAAAAGGAAUCUUUCACAACCAUUAUGCCCUCCAUGGAACAUACCAGACUUCCACCUUCACAGCCUAUCUCAUCUGGAAGCACAGAGAUUCAGACAGGCACAGCUUCCUCCCCAAAGGCAGCACAGACAGACGUCGGUAUAUCUGAAGACAGAAAUUCAACCAUAGAGCACAAUCCUAACCGUAGCGAAUUGCACACUAGCCCUUCUUUUUUUGAGUCUAAGACAGGAGCCCUGUCUGCUGACAGCGCGUUCCUGUCAGCCCCCCAUCAGUCUACCUCAGAAGAUGCGCCCACUGGAAUCUCCACCAGUCUCCCUACCUCUACCAGCAAUGCAGAAUCAAAAGAGAUGACAAGCAGAUCCAUGGGACAUUCUCCAGUUAUGGAAGACAUUUUGACCUACCCAGACACAUCCAGCACUACCUCAGUCAAGGACACCCACUCCAGUGGGAUGCAUACACUUCCACAUUCAGAAUCCAUUGCUCCUUUCAACAAUCCUGUCUCAGCAUCAUGGACAGGUGCUCCUGAGGAAGGAUCCUUGUCUCCAGACUCGCUUUCACUGAUCCCUGGUACUUCCUUGCCAGACAGACACAGUCAGUCCCCUGAUUCUGUUGCCUCUAUUUUCACAGUUACCAAGGAUCUGCUUCCCACAGCUUCGCACACAAGUUCAGAUCCUGAGACUACUUACGUUUCAAACUGGAGUACCAUCUCUCAGUCAAGCUCUAACACUGCACAUGCUUCUCAAACUUUACCGAUGAAUAAAUUUUCUUCGAUCACACCAGCGUCCAAUGUGGAAACCGGCAGUUCUGUACCCCAAUUCAAAUACACUAUCAUGCCUACAUCAAUGUCAUCUGAAAAUAAAGCUUUUCCCACUACCCUUCCAACCACUCAAGAAUCCACUCUUUCACCUAGUUCAAAUGAUAUUGACCGUGAAAAGAUUGGGACACAGACAUUUAUCCUCUUGACUAUAUCGACACCAGUAAAUAUAUCUGAGAAGGUGUUCUCAAGCACGGAUUUUAUUAAUAGUCAUUCUGAAGUGCCUUACAGUUCUUCUCAUCCUGUAUCCAGAACAGUAUCUGUGUCACCUGAUAGCACGAUACUUCCAAUGCUUCAACAGUUUACAUCAGAAGAUACCAAGUUUACAUCAGAAGAUAUGUCCAGUAGGGUUGUCUCCAAACUUUCUGACUUUAGCAUCACAGGAUCAGAAGAAAUAUCUACCAGCCAGGUUGGGGAUUCUGAAGUGACAUCAAAUAUGGGCCUGUCCCUGGAAACAUCACCUGUGUCUUCAGUGUCUGAUGGUCUCGAUAGUUUAACUCUAGUUCCCCUAGUCACAGCGACACCCACAUUUCUAAGUCAAAGUCAUGAAGUUCAACCAACUGCAACUUUUUCAAUUCUGAAAAGAAGCCAACCUGCCGAUUCUCCAGGAUAUCCUGAUGGGCCUACCUUAGCUUCCUCUGUUACCUCCAUAGAAGAACACAGCACCCCAUCUCCUAGUUCUGUGAUCUCUGCUUUCACACCUUCUAAGGAGGCAAUCACAACUGGAUUGGAUAUACAUGAUCUGUCUACUUCAUUUCCAAAUUGGAGCAGUAGUGCACAUUCAAGAAGCCCAGAGACAUCACAGGUCACCAAAUUCUCAGAGGCGAGCUCUGCUUCCUCGGUGAAACCCAGUAGUUCCACACCCCAAUCCAAACCCACUGCCAGUCCUGCACCAGUUUCACCUAAAACUGCAUUUUCAACCAUGCUCCAGCACCCACUGGUGGGUACUACAGUUUCUAUUUCAGAGGCAGCAUUUUCAGAGGCUCACACAACUUCUUCCCUAAGCCAAUCACUUCCACAAACUACCACUCUUGAAGAGACCAGAAUUGCCACAACACACGAUACUGUUUCUUCUCAGUUGCCCCCUAGCAUGUCUACUGAUCUCUCCAUUUCAGAGUCCUUUACAGCUGGCAGACUCUCCACGAGAAUCCCUCCGUAUUUCUCAGCAUCAGAAGAUAUCACCACUGGAAGUAUUCUCAGCCACACUACCUAUCCUAGCAGAAAAAAACACAUAGAGUUAACCUCCAUCUUGGAGGCAGAUAAUUCUGGGUCUUUAUUAUAUGAUGCCCUGUCUAGGGACACUGCAACCACUGUUUCUGUGGCAGAGUUUUCUUCACCUGAGCCCCAGACAUCUCCAUAUUUAGCAAUGAUAUCUGAAUCCAGGGGUUCUGAGAAACAGUCUUUACUCAAAGAAAAGCACAUCUCUUCAGAUUCAACGUCAACUGUGACUGAGAAAACCACACCACCUGUUACUUCUACUUCACAAGUACAAAACGACUCUUCCCUUGACUCUGUGUCUGCAUUUGUAACUUCUAUUCAAGAAACAACCUCAAUUGGAAAAGAUGAAAAUGUACAUUCUGGGAGCACUUCAAUCCAAGGCCUAGAUACCACAGGGCUAUCAAUUCCAAGUCCUUCAUAUGACAUAAGAAACCUCACAGCAGGUCACAUUCCCUCAACAAACCAAAGAAACAGAAUAGAAACCAAUAGUCCUGGAGCACAUACCCAAGGCACUGUCCUAGUUGAUUCUAUCCCAUCAAGAAUAACAACUGUAAUGAUGACCCCACAAAGCAAUUGGCACACAGCACUUUCCACAUCAAUGCCUAUAUCUAAACCUGCACAUACAGAAGCGCAGAAAACUUUCCCCCUAACUUCAAUAGAACAGGAAAUCACCAUGCCUGAAGAUACUAACUUGAUGACAAAACGUAGCUCUGAUCUUUUCACAGAGCCCACUAGGACUUCCACUGGGCUUUCAAGAACAGAGGUUAACUCAGCAGGUAGGAUAUCUAUUUCAAGCUCUGGAUCCUUCACAAAGACAGCAGACAUCUCAAUGGGAAAUACUUCCAACAUCUCUACUCUUUCCUUCCCAAACAUUGACCACAGUCAAGUAAUUAAUGCUGCAGAAUCAUCCAAGGUCACCGCUCUUUGGAGCACGUCAGGAACUACUGCUGAUACGGGGACCCUCUCUACUGUAACUCAGACAGUUCUGCACCCAGACUCCAUGACUCAUGCCAGCAGUUCCGAGCCACUGUCAUGGACAGACUCCCUAGUCCAUGAAGCAAUCUCCUCUGUGAAGUCUGUAGAAAUACCUCUGACAACAUCACCUUUUCUUUCUACGUCGUCAUCAGAAGGACAAGGUCUCACCUCUUCUGCUUCUGGGGUCCCCACAUUCUCUUCUGGGGAAAGAACUAGAAAGGAAUUGGACUCAAACUUAGAUUCUUUUACAACACCAUUUCCAAGCUGGAGAAACAGCGAGUUAGUCAGCUCAAAGGACACCAGAACCUCACAAGCAUCUUACAUUUUGAACAGAACUGAAGCAACCAGUGUGGACAUAACCACUCCUGGACCUCAGUUCCAAAACACUGUGUCAUCUAAGACUCUUAUCCCUGAUGGUACUGCCUCUUCCCUUUUGUCAUUACUAACAAAGACUCCACCUUCUUCUGCUUCCUCUUUAGCACGACUGAGUUCAAGCUCUACCUCUUUUCCCAAGACUUCAUUCCACACCUCUGAGUUUCCUAAGACAACAGACACAUUGAUCAGAAGCUUGAAAACUGGACCUGGACCAGGUUCACCUCCAAAUUUAAGCAGCACUUUACUUGAAAUAUUGGGCUUUCCUGAAGUUACUACUGAUAGAGAAAAUUUUCAUUCUUCCUCAAAAUUCAAAGUAACCAGCAUGGAGGCCAUCAGUACAGGGCCUGAGUUAAGUUCUUCUGUACCUAUACGCCAGGAAUCAUCCAGGGAUGCCUAUACAGUUGGUACCUCUUCCUCCACAUGGGUGACUUCUAUGUCCACAUCAUUGCCUGACUAUUUAGAGACUAUAAGAUCUGAUACUCAACAAGUUUUCCAUGUGACUUCUGGAUUGAGAGAUACUAGCAUAUCUCUACAAACAAGCAUGCAUUCCUCUCCUGUGUCCACUCUCAUUUUGCCAAGUUCUGAGACUGCUGUCGCUUCUGCUAGUCUGAUAUCAACUCCAUAUCAGACUCAAUCUUCACAGUCUACUGAAGUUCCAGAACAAACAGUCUUAUAUUCUUCAUCUAUUACUGAGUCUGCUGGGGUAACAUCCCUCCCAGAAUCCAGUUUUACUGUGCCCUCACUAGAAAGUACUCAUGUUCCAAGAACUGACAUGCUGCCUGCAGAUGAGAUGACUUCAGAUGAAACAACUCUCUCUGCAGCAGAAGAUAUGGCUUCAUUUCCCACAACCAGCAUUCCAAAAGGCAGCUCACUUAUGACUUCUAACAGUCCUCAUUCAAUAACAAAGUCAAGCCAUAGUGAUGUUUUGGUGGCCACCACUGUAAAAGAAUUACCUUCUUCAACUUCUACAUCACUGCCCUUUCCUGUUUCCACUAGCACUGACUUUACAGCCAGCCCAUCUCUGCACAAGACUACUCCUUCAGAAACAGAAGAUAGCAUGCAGUCCCUGACGGAGACCCCCAAUGGAGCUGCCCAUGGAGACACCCCAGGCCUAGGAAAGAGCCCCUUGGCUUCUAUAUCACCUGCUAGCCCUAAAGAACUAUCCACAGAAGGGGCGGUGAAAGCGGAGACCACUGAUGCAGCUCUGAAGACUACACCCAUUGCCACUUCAACCACCAAAAUCUCUACAAUUUCAAGACCCCUGACUCGCCUCUGGACACCAAAGACAACAGGCGACAUAAACACAACAGAGAUGAUUAUCACAGCCUCAGACGCCUCCCGCAAUGUCCUAGGGAUGACAGCAUCACUUUCUACAGGCUCUAGGGAAAAGCCCAGCACGGUCCUCAGGACAAGACCAUCUUCUUACAGUAGAGAACCAGAGAGCACAGCCUCGAAGAGCCCCAGUCUUAGGACAGAGACCAGCCAAGAUAGUCGUACCUUAACUGGCUCUUCUGGUGACUCUGGCACAGUCCCAUGGGUCACCUAUCCUUUGGAGAUUACUUCAGCUGCUGCCAAGAUGAUGCUGAGUGCUUCUCAAGGUGAAUCAGAUUCUACGGUGUCCACAGCCACCAUUCCCAGAGAAGAAGUCAGUUCAGCUAUUCCACAGUUAACUGUUUUCUCUACAGUACCAGAUUUGCCGACCUCACUGAUUAGCAAGCCUGAAGAAAGCACUGGUAUGUUUAUUCCAACUCUUACUGAUUCCCCGAGUGAACCAAAGACAAUAGCUUCUGGGGUCACCCAUCCUGGAACAGAGGUGAGUUAUUCUGCUGCCAGCACUUUCCCCACUGACACAUCAGGAAUGGCAGCCCCAUUGGAUAUUAGUACUGGAGCAGAGACCAAGCCAGCCUUCCGAAGUCUCACAGUUGCGCCUAGUGAGUCACAUACAAUAUUCCCAAGGGACACACAUCUUACACAGAGCAGAAUCCUUGCUUCUGAAAAUAUUCUUGACAUUUCCUCUGGUGAAUCUGAUACUACCACACUCUCAGUGGAUACAGAAGUCAUGUUAUCCGUUCCAACCACUACUGCAUCACCUGUUAGAGCAGGAUUGGCAACCUCACUGGUCGUUAGGUCUCAGACACAGAAAAAAAAUAGUACGUCAACUGUGACUCCUGCUGGUGAACCAGAGUCCACUGUCACACUUGUCACUGAUCCCAAAGCAUGGGGAACUACAGCUAUUCUAAAUACAAGUAAUUCAGCUGCUGUAGCAGGAAAGAUCAUAGAGCCAACUACUUCAACCCUGACUGCUUUUCCAGAUCAACUGUUUAAUACAACCUCUUGGCUCGCCCAGACUGGGACAGAAGGCACCUCAAAUUUUUCCACUGUGGAGAGUAUAUCCUCUACUGAGCAAAUUACAACAUCAGGGAUUACCCAUUUUACAGAGACAAACGUUACUCUUCCUAAGACAGACCUAACAUUUUCCCACGGUGGAUCAGAUUUGACACUGUCAACAACCACAAGUGCUGGGAAAGAAGCCAGCUCUGCCCUUCCCACUACAGUGACUUCACCCGGUGUACCCCAUACAAUGACCUCACUGGCCACUAGUUCUAGAGCAGUGACCAGUACAAGUAUUCCAUCUUUGUCUAUUUCUUUUUCUAAACCAGAGACAACAGACUCAUUUACUACCAAUGCUGGAGCCCAGAUAAUUUCAGCUAUUACAGUUCCAUCUUACUCCCCUACUCUACCAGGAAUGUUGGCCUCACUAAAAACCAGUUCUGGAACAAAAAGCAGUCCAUCUCCAGCUUCAGCUGUUUCCCCAGGUCAACCAGAGACCACCAUUCCGGGGGCCAAGUCCAGUCCAACUUUGGCUGUUUUUCCUGGUGAGCCAGAUACAACCAUUUCCUUAGUCACUUCUCAUGCAGCGAUCAGUCCUACAGUUCUCAAGACAGCCCCAGAAUUUUCUCAGCAUGGGUUAGAUGUUACACCCUCAGUGGCUUCCAGUCUUGGGACAGAAACAAAUUUAGCUGGCUCGUCUCCUAUUUUUUCACCUGAGGUGAAAGGGGUUCUGACCUCACUGGCUCCUAGUUUUUCAACAGUAACUAAUGAAAGCACUCCAGCUCAGUCUGUUUCUGCUGAUGAGUCUGACACCACAGUAUCUUUGGUCAGCCACCGCAGGUCACAGGUGAGUUCAACCAUUGCAACUCUGACCGUCUCCCCUGAUGUUCCAGAGAUGAUGUCACUCACCACUAGCAGUAAAUUAGAAACAAGUCUAUUUCCAACUCAGAUUGCUUUCUCAAGUCAGCCGGAGACCACCGCUUCAGAAGUCAGCCAUCCUGGGGAUAAAGCUAGUCCUAAGAUUCCAUCUGGGACUAGGACCCCCACUGAGCCAGAUGAAGCAACAAGGCCAAGUUUUUCCCAUAUGGAUUUAGACACAACGCCUCCCACAUCCACAAUUAUUGGUCCAGAAACCAGUUCAUCUGUUCUAACCACAACUAUCUUACUUGUUGUCCCAGAUAUGGUGACUUCGCAGGUCCCUAGUUUUGGUACGGAUUCAAAAACAACUAAACCAAUUCUGAUGCUCCAUUCUUCUGAACCACAGACCGUAGUUUCCCUGGCAACCAAUGCAGGGGAAGAGUCCAGGUCAGCCAUUUCUACUGCAGCUGUCUCUCUAGCUGUAACAGAAGUGAUGACAUCACCGGUCUCUAGUUCUGGGGCAGAGACACAUGCAAUGCCUCCAAUUCAAACUGCUUCCCCAGCUGAUCCAGACACUAUAACCUCAUGGGUCACCCACUCUGGCAGAGAAGGUACUUCAGAUGUUUUGACUGUAUCUACUUUACCUGGUGGGACAGGUGAAACAAAAUCAUGGAAUACUCAUUCUUCAGAGACUAACCUAACAGGCCUCAUGACAACUCCAGAUGUUUCCCACACUGCAUCAGCUGGUUUACCCUCAAUGGCCACCAGUUCUGAGACAGAAGCCAGAUCAGAUUCUUCAACUUCUGCUUUUUCAUCUAAUGUAUCAGAAGUACUGAGUUCACCUGUCACUACUUUUAGGACAGUCACCAGCACCAAUAUUCCAGUUUUGACACUUUCUUCUGAUAAACCAGAGACAGGAGUCUCAAUGUCCACUUAUACUGUGGUACAAAAAACUUCAUCCCUUCCAACUGUGACAGCUUCCUCUGGUAUACCUGGGAUAGUGACUUCACUAGUCCCUAGUUCUGAGAUGUACUCCAGUACAAUUUCCCCACAAAUCACAAGUUAUUCACAAAUACUGGAGAAAACAGCAUCACAAGUAACACUUUCUAAAAUGUCAGAAGAUAGUUCUUUUGUUACAACCCUUACUACUUCACCAGAUGAAGCAGGCACAUCAGCCCCAUUCGUUAUCAGUCCUGAAGAGACCAGCACAAAGGUUCCCAGGACGAACACAAGUUUUUCCCAUAUUGAACCUCAUAGCACUCCCUCAACAGUCACCACAGGUGAACAGGAAGCCGGAUCAUCUGCUCCAAGUACUCCAACAAUAGUUAUCUCAUCUAAUAUUCCAGAUGUGAUAACCUUAGAAGGUCACAGGUCAGAGACAUCCAAACCAAUUCUGACUCUUCAACCUUCUGAACCACAUACCAAGAUGUCUCUGACUUUUCAAGCAGGGGAAAAGAUUAGUUCACCCAUGUCUACUACUGCUGUCUCUCCAGGUGUAACAGAAAUGAUAAGGCCACUAUUCACUAGCUCUGAGACAGGCAGCCAUAAAAGAAAUCAGACUAUUUCUUCAGGUCAACCAGAGACCACAACCUCAUGGAUCAUGAAUCCUGAAACAGAAGCCACUGCAAGGGUGCUAACUACAAUCAUCUCACCCAAUGUUCUAGAGAUACUGACCUCAAAAUCUGUGAACCAAACUCUGAAGUCACAGACUAUAGGUUCAUUGGUAACUCAUGCUGGAAAAGAGCCCAAUUCAACCAUAUCUACUCUGGCUGUCUCUCCAGAUAUAACAGAAAAGACUACAUCACUGGUCACCACCAAAGGUAGAGAGAGUCGUGCAACAACUCCAACUCUAACUUUUCCCCCAAGACUACCAAAUACAACAAUAUCUUGGAUUAACAGCCCUGAAAAAGAAGCCAGUUCAGGUGCUCGAAAUACAAACUUAACAUCUAGUGUGACAGACAUGAUGACAUUAACAAUCCUGAGCCACACUCCUUCUGAACCACAGAAGAAAACAUCAUUGGCAACUCCUGCUGGGCAACAACAAAGUUUGGCCAUGAAUAGUAUGUCAGUCUCUCAGGGUAUAACAGAAGUGACAUCCCAGGUCAAUAUCUCAGACACAGAAAGUCAUGCAGUGACUUCAAAUACAGAUUUAUCCUUAAUACAACCAGAGGCCACAGAAGCAGGGGUAACAGAUAGUGGAAGACAAGACACUUCAGGGGUUCUAUCUUCAACCAUCUCACAUAGCAUACCCAAAAUGGUGACAUCACCAAAUCUUAUUUCUGCUGAACUAAACACCACAGUGUCAUUAGUCACUUAUAUUGGGGAACAUCAUAGUUCAGACAUAGCUACAAGGCCUAUCUCUCCAGAUAAAUCAGAAAUGAUACCAUCACUGGUCACUGGCUCAAGCACAGAUAGCUACUUAGUGACUUCAACUCUGACUGUUUCUCUUGAUCAACAUGUGACUAUAGCCCCAUUGGUUCCCCAUCCAGGAAAAGAAGUCACUUCAAAAGUUCUAUCUACACCCGUCACACCUGGUGUUCCAGACAUGAUGACCUCAACAACUCUGAUCCACACUCCUCCUGAACCACAGACCAUAGCAUCAUUGGUCACACAUGCUGGUGAACAUCCCAAUUUAUCCAUGUCUGCUCAGACUGUCCCUUCAGGUGUAACAGAAUUGAUGACAUCCACAGCCACUACUUCUGGGACAGAGACACAUGAAACCAAUCCAGCUCUACUUGUUUUCCCAGGUCCAACAAAUAGCACAGCAUUAUGGGUGACUCAUGCUGAAACAGAAGACACUUCAGGUGUUCUGACCACUCCUAUUUCAGCUAGUGUUCCAGACCUUGUUACUUCCACAACUCCUGUUCCUUCUGAAUCACAUUCUACAGUUUCCUCUGUCACCCACAUUGGGGAACAGCCUAGUUCAGCCAGGUCUACUCUGGCUGGCUCUCCAGGUAAUACAAAACUGAUCCCAUCACUGGUCACUAGCUCCAGCUCUAUACCACCUACAACUCUGGAAGUUUCAACAGGUAAACCAGAGACCAUAGCCCUAUGGAUCACCCAUCCUGGAACAGAAGGUUCUUCAGAGGAUUUAUCUACAACCAUCUCAGCUGGUGUUACAGACAUGAUGACCUCAACAGCUCUGGUCCACACUCCUUCUGAACCACAGACCAGAGCAUCAUUGGUCACGCAUCCUGGUAGACAUCCCAAUUCAUCCUUGUCUGAUCAAGCUGUAUCUUCUGAUGCAACAGAAAUGACACGCUCACUAGUCACCAGCUUGGGCACAGGAAGCUAUGUAAUGGUCACCCGUACUGAAAGAGAAGGCACAUCAGGGGUUCUAAGUACUACCAUUUCAGCCAGUGUCCCCAAAAUGAUUUCCACAGCAACUCUUUUUCCUUCUGAACCAGUAACUGAAACUUCAUUUGUCACCUCUGCUGAGGGUCAGACCAAUUUAAGUCUGUCUACCAUGGCUGUCUCUCCAAGUAUAACGGAAAUGACAUCACAAGCCACUACUUUGGGGACAGAGACAGAAGAGACCCCUCCAGUUCUACUUGUUUCCCCAGAUGAAAGAGAGACCACAGCCUCAAGGGUAACUCAUAUUGAAAGAGUACCCACCUCAGGUUCUCCAACCUCCACUAUUUCAACUAUUUUCCCAGAUUUGGUUACCUCACCAACUCUUAUUUCUUCUGAACCACAUACUACAGUUUCAUUCAUUACCCUCGCUGAGGAACAACAGACAACUCAGACUGUCUCUCCUGGCAUAACAGAAAUGAUACCAUCAAUGAUCACUCUCUCAGGCAAAAAUAACCACUCAGCAUCUUCAACUCUGGCAGAUUCUGUAGGUGAAGCAGAAACCACAACCCAUACUGGAAACGAAGACACUUCAGUGGUUCUGACUACAGCCAUCUCACUUAGUGGUCUAGACACAAUGACCUCAACAAUUCCGAACCACACUACUGAAACACAGAACAUAACAUCAUUGGUUCCCCAUGCUGGAGGACAGCCCAGUUUAUCCAUGUCUACUCAGAGUGUCUCUCCGGGUAUAACAGAAGUGACGCCAUCACUGUUCACUAACUUGGGCACAAGCUCUGCAAUGACUACAACAGUGACUGUUUCCCCAGGUCAACCUGAGAGCACAGUCCCAUGGGUCCCCCAUCCUGGAAUAGAAGGCACUUCAAGGGUUCUCUCUAUGACCAUCUCACCUAAUGUACCAGAAAUGAUGUCAUCACCGACUCUUAUUCCUUCUGAAUCACAUACCAUAGUUUCACUUGUCACCCACUUUGAAGAACAGUCCAGUUCAACCAUGUCUGCAAAAUCUGUAGCUCCAGGUAUAACUGAAAUGAUACCAUCACAGGUCACUAGUUCUGGAACCAAAAACCAUCCAAUCACUUCAAGUCUGUCUGUUUCCUCAGGUCAAACAGAGUCCACAGCUCCAUGGGUCACCCAUCCGGGGAAAGAAGACACUUCAGGAGUUCUAACUUCAACCAUCUCACCUCAUGUUCCUGGUACGCUGACCUUAACAGCUGUGACCCACAUUACUUCUGAACCACAGACUGGAACAUUGGUCACCCAUGCUGGGGGUCAGCCCAGUACAUCCAUGUCUACUCUGGCUAUCUCUCCCCAUGUAACAGAAAUGAUACCAUCACUGGGCACUAGCUCUGGUGUGCCAGAAAUGAUGACCUCACCAAAUCUUAUUUCUUCUGAAGCAGAUACAACAAUUUCUUUGGUCACUGAUGUUGGGGGACAGCCCAGUUCAACCAUGUCUACAAAGUCUAUCUCUCCCCGUGUAACAGAAACAAUAUCAUCACUCAUCACUAGUUCCUACAUAGAAAUGGAUUCAGUGUCUUCCACUCUCGCUACUUCUCCAGGUCAACAAGAAACCCCAACCUCAUUGCUCACCACUCCUAUAACAGAAGCCCCUUUGAGUAUUCUAAGGACACCCAUAUCUCCCAGUGUUCCAGACAUGUUAUCUUCAUCAACUCUUAUUCCUUCUGAACCACAUACCACAAUGUCCUUGACCUCCCAUGUUGAGGGACAGCCCAGUUCUGCCAUGCCUAUAAGGCCUGUCCCUCCAGAAAUGAUUACUCCAACAACUCUUAUUCCUUCUGAAUCCCAUAACACUAUUUCAGGUGUAACAGAAAUGAUGACAUCAUUGGCCACUACGUCUGAGACGAAGACAUAUACAGCUACUCCAGUUUUGACUGUUUCCUCAAGUCAAACAGAGAACACAGCCUCCUCAGUCUUGCUUCCUGGAAAAGAAGCAACUUCAACAAUUUCUACUCUGUCUACUUUACCUGGUGAGCCAAAAGGAACUGAAACAUGGCUCAUUCUUUCUGCCAAGCCCAGCACACCCCUCUCCACAGCAACUCUCAAAUUUUCUUCUAGUGAACCAGACAUCACACCCUCAGCUUCUGGGGCAGAGACCACUUCAGGCAUUCCAACAACUCUUUCAUCUGGUGUACCAUAUAUGACCACUCCACUAACUGCUGGUUCUACAACAGACAAUAGUAAGAUUUUUCUUACACUGAGUACAUUGAUGCAUGAGCCAACAUCAGCAGUCUCCCUGGUCUCUCAUUCUGCCUUAAUCCAACAAACUUCCAGUGCUUCUGAUAGUGGUUUAGAUGUUACGCCCUCAAUAAUCAAUCAUCCUGGAACUGAAACCAGUUCAUCUGUGCCAACAAUGACUCUCUUUCCUGGGGCACCAGGUGUUGAGAUCUCACAGUUCUCUAGUUCUGGCCCAUCAACCAGUACAUUUCCAAAUACAGUUCUGUCUCCUAGUGAACCAAAAAGCACAGUCUCAUUACCCACCUUCCUCAGUACAGAAACUAACCCAACAUUUCCUGUUUCAACUGGUUUUCUUCCUUCAUUAGAGACCACAGCCUCAGAGCCCAUUACAUCUAAGGUAGAUGUUAGUACAACUCUCUUAACUCAGACUGUGUCCCCCAGUGUACCAGAGAUGACAAAUUUUCUCUUGAACUCAUCUGUGACUGAGGAGAGCAAAGGUGACCUGGGUACAACAUUUUCAUCUGGUGCUUCUGAAGAAACAGCCUCUCUCCCCACCCACUCUGGAACUGAGACCAGCACAAUCAUUCUAAGUGUAACUCCUUCCCCUAUUUUAACAGGAACCACAGGCUUAUGGGCUUCCAUCACUACUGCAGAAUCUACUCUGACUAUGUCCCCUAGUGUGUCUGGGUUUCCUGGUGUUCCUACAACUAGUAAAUCUAGCAGUGAAACUUUACAGAGCAUAGCAACUUCAGCAUCUGUCACUACAGUUAGACUUUCUGAUCUUGUCACUGAUGCCACAAGUCCCAUAAUUACCUUGAUACCAUCAGAGUCCUCAACAAGCCCAAUCACUGACCUGGAAACAAGUGACACUUCUCAUUUAGCUACCACAAGUUCAAGACCCAAUGGGAAUAAGACCACAACUACUCAACAUGGACUGAGCACAUCUACAAUGUCCACAUGGUUCUCUGAGAAUGUGACUUCAAGACCAACUACAAGUAUUUAUCCAGAAUUGGUGCCAUUCACUUUCAACUUAACAAUCACCAACCUGCCCUAUACCACAGAAAUGGGGUACCCAGACUCCUUACACUUCAAGAAAACAGAGAAGGCCUUGAACUACCUGUUCCAGUCCUUGUUCAAGAAUACCAGCAUUGGUUCUAGCUACUCUGGAUGCAUGGUGUCGCUGAUCAGGUCAGAACAGAAUGGAGCAGCCACUGGAGUAGACAGUAUUUGCACCUACCAUCAUGACCCCAUGAGUCCUCCUCUGGACAGAAAGCAGUUGUAUCAAGAAGUGACCCAGCUGACCAAUGGUAUCACCAGACUGGGUCCCUACAUCCUGGACAGAGACAGUCUCUAUGUCAAUGGUUAUAACCGUCGGUACUGGACCCCUCCCACAAACAGUACAAGGCCAUCUCUGGAACUCUUCACUCUUAACUUCACUAUAACCAAUCUGCACCAUACAGAGGGCAUGAGAUACCAAGGAUCGGAAAUAUUCAACAGCACAGAGAGGAUCUUGAAUCGAUUGCUCAAGCCCCUCUUCAAGAAUACCAGUAUUGGGUCCCUUUAUUCUGGUUGCAGACUGAUCUUACUGAGGCCUGAGAGAGAGAGAACAGCCACUGGGGUGGAUGCUGUCUGCACUUACCAUUCUGAUCCCAUGGGUCAUAAGCUGGACAGAGAGAAGCUGUACUGGGAACUGAGCCAUAAUACCCAGGGUGUUACCAAGCUAGGAUCCUUCACUUUAGAAAAGGACAGUCUGUACAUCAAUGAUUUUACCCAUCGAACCUCUGCUCCCACUUCCAGCACUCCUGUGACGUUGUCUCUGUCUUUCACGGGAACCUCUACUGCACAACCUUACCUCUCCACAGUGGCCACUCCUGUUUUUGCACAGUUCACGCUCAACUUCACCAUCACUAACCUGGCGUUCAAGGAAUACAUGCUAUACCAUGGCUCCAAGAAUUUCAACACUUUGGAGAGAGUCCUCCAGUACCUGCUCAAAUCCCUGUUCAAGACCAGCAGUCUGGGAUCCCUCUACGCAGGCUGCACACUGGUGUCACUCAGGUCUAAGAAAGACGGAACGGCCACCAGAGUGGAUGCCAUCUGCACAUAUCACCCUGACAUCAAAGGCCACAGAUUGGACAGGGAGCAGCUAUACUGGGAGCUGAAUGGGUUAACUCAUGGUGUCACCAGACUGGAUCCCUACACCCUGGAGAGGGACAGCCUCUAUGUUAAUGGUUUCACCCAUCUGAGCUCCGCACUUAUCAGCAGCACCAUGACCCAUUCCCUUGUGCCCUUUACCCUCAACUUCACCAUCACAAAUCUACAAUACACACCAGCUAUGGAACACCCAGGAUCAUUAAAGUUCAACAAAACAGAGAAGGUCCUGCAGUAUCUGCUUGCGGCUGUGUUCAAGAAUACCACCAUUGGUCCAUUGUACUCUGGGUGCCAACUGAUCUUGCUCACACCUGAAAAGGAUGGAUCAGCCACUGGAGUGAACAUGAUCUGUACCCAUCGAUCUGAGCCCACGGACAUGGGGCUGGAUCCAAAGCAACUUUACUGGGAGCUGAGCCGUGAGACUCAUGGCAUCACCCAGCUGGACUUCAUAACCCUAGACAAGAACAGCCUUUAUGUCAACGGUUAUAACCAUUGGCUCCUGACCUCAAACACUAGCAUGCCAGGCUCUCCUCUGGUGCCGUUCACCAUCAACUUCACCAUCACUAACCUCGAGUAUGAGGAGGGCAUGCGUCAACCUGGAUCCUGGAAGUUCAAUGCCACUGAGAGAAUCCUCCGAAGAUUGCUCUGGUCUUUGUUCAAUAGAACGAGCAUCAGUCUUCUGUAUUCUGACUGCAGACUGAUCUUGCUCAGGUCUGAGAACGAUGGAGCAGCCACAGGGGUAGAUGCCAUCUGUACUCACCAUCCAGACCCCACUGAGUCUGAGCUGGACAAUGAGCAGGUAUAUGAGGAAUUGAGAGAGCUAACCAAUAACAUUACCCAGCUGGGCCCUUACACCUUAGACCAGAACAGCCUUUACAUCAACGGUUACACACACCAGAGCCUGUCCAUCAUACCCAUAACAGCAGCCCCUGUCCUGGUGCAUUUUACUAUCAACUUCACCAUCACUAACUUGGCAUUUGAGGAGGACAUGAGUCGCCCUGGAUCCAGGAAGUUCAAUAUCACGGAGAGAAUUCUGCAGAGCCUGCUGAGACCCUUGUUCCAAAAAUCCAGUGUUGGUCCUGUGUAUGCUGGCUGUGUACUGGCCUCUCUCAGAUCUGAAAAUGAUGGUAUAGGCACAGGAGUGGAUGCAGUCUGCACUCACCACCUCGACCCCACUGGCCAGGGAAUGGACAGAAAGAAAGUGUAUUGGGAGCUCAGCAGGCUGACCUAUGGUGUCAGCAGACUGGGCCAUUAUACUCUGGACCAGAACAGUCUCUAUGUCGAUGGUUACACACAUCAAAACCUGGCUACCACCACCAAGAUCUCCGUGAUGACCACUGCUUCUACAGCGUUGACUACCAGCUUUCCCAGCCAUACAGCAGGCCCUGUUCCAGUGCCUUUUACCAUCAACUUCACUAUCACUAAUCUGGAGUUUGUGGAUGAUAUGAGUCACCCAGGAUCCGGGAAGUUCAAUGUCACUGAGAGAAUUCUGCAGAGGCUGUUUGGAGCACUGUUCAGUAAAACCAGUGUCGGCCCCCUGUACUCUGGAUGCAGACUUGCAUUGCUCAGGCCUGAGAACAAUGGAACAGCCAUAGGAGUAGAUGCCAUCUGCACCUACCAGCCCAACACCUCUAAUGAAGGGCUGGACAGAAAGCGUCUGUACUGGGAGCUGAGAAGACUAAACAAAGGCAUCAUGAAGCUAGGGCCCUACACCUUGGACAAGAACAGUCUCUAUGUCAAUGGUUAUACGCAGCAGACUCUGGCCACCACCCACAGGACAUUAGUGAUGGCUACUGUUUCUGAAGGAAUGCCAAACACUUCCUCUGCACCCACAGCUGCAGGCCCUGUCCUGGUGCCUUUCAGCAUCAACUUCACCAUCAUUAACCUGGAGUUUGAGGAGGAAAUGGGUCACCCUGGAUCCAGGAAGUUCAAUAUCUUGGAUCGAACCCUACAGAGCCUGUUCAGGCCCUUGUUCAGUAAAAUCAGCGCUGGUCCAUUGUAUUCUGGCUGCAGGCUGACCUUGCUCAGGCCUGAGAAAAAUGGAAAUGCUACAGGGGUGGAUGCCACCUGUACCCACCACCUAGACCCUGCUGGCCACAGGCUGGAAAAUGAGCAAAUAUAUGGGGAGCUGAGCAGUCUGACCCAGGGUGUCACCCAGCUGGGCCCCUACAUCCUGGACAAGAACAGUCUCUAUGUCAAUGGUUACACACACCAGAUCCUGGCUACCACCCCCAGAACCUCAAGCUCUCCUCCACUGCUGUGCACUCUUAACUUCACUAUCACCAACCUACCAUACACGGAGGAUAUGUGGGGCCCAGGGUAUGCCAAGUUCAACAAAGUGGAGAAAGUCCUGCAGCUUCUGCUCAAACCUUUGUUCCAAAAUACCAGUGUUGGCCUACUAUAUUCUGGUUGCAGACUGACUUCACUCAGUCCCAGGAAGAAUGGAGAAGCCACUGGGGUGGACACAGUUUGCGCCUAUCACCCUGAUCACACAGGUCAUGGCCUGGCUAGAGAGCAACUGUACUUGGAGCUGAGCAAGCUAACCUCUGGUGUCACUCAGCUGGGCCCCUACACUCUGGAAUGGGACAGUCUCUAUGUUAAUGGUUACACCAAUCCAACCUCAGGUACGAUCCUGAACACACCUGUGACUACCACAUCCUUCCCAGCUUCCUCUCUGGCUCCAUUCUCUACAACUAAUUCCACAGGCAUCAGCACUAUCAUGGUACCCGUCACUCUCAACUUCACCAUCACCAACUUACACUACACAGAGGAGAUGGGACAUCCAGGUUCCUUGAAGUUCAAUUCCACCAAGUGGAUCUUACAUUAUUUGCUUGACACCUUGCUCAAUAAGACCAUCAUUGCCACACACUACUCUGGAUGCAGACUGGCUUCACUCAGGUCAGACAAUCAUAGAGGAGCCACAGCUGUAGACAUAAUCUGCACCUUCCUCUCUGACUCCAUGAGCCCUGGGUUUGUACGAGAUCAGCUAUUUUGGGAGUUGAGCCAUGAGACACACGGUAUCACCCGUCUGGGUCCCUAUACCCUGGACCAGAACAGUCUCUACAUUAAUGGUUACCAUUUUGGAACUGCAACCCCAGCUAAUACUACUGGAGAAGUUGGUGAGGAGAUGUUCACAGUAAACUUCACCAUCAACAACCUGCGCUACUCUGCCGACAUGGGCCAGAUAGGCUCUCCCAAGUUCAAUAUCACAGAUACACUCAUGCAGCACCUGCUCAGCCCUUUGUUUCAGAGGAGCAGUCUUGGCCCCCUAUACACAGGCUGUAAAGUAGUCACUCUGAGGUCAGUGAAGAAUGGUGCCCAGACCCAGGUAGAUGUCCUUUGCACGUACCGCCAGGUUCCCAACAGUCUGGGACUGCCUGCCAAGCCAAUUUUCUAUGACCUCAGCUGGCAGACCCGUGGAAUCACCCGGCUGGGUCCUUACUCCCUGGAUAAAGACAGCCUUUACAUCAAUGGUUACAAUGAACCUGGUCCAGAUGUACCUCCUACAACUCCAGAACCAGCCACCACCAUCUUGCCCUCCCCGUCGACAUCUCUACAGCCAGAGUCCAAUACAGAUAUGAGGCACCACCUGGAAACCUUCACAAUCAACUUCACCAUCUCUAACCUUCCAUAUUCACCCGACAUGAUCAGUGGCUCAGCCUUGUUCAACUCCACUGAGCAUGUCCUACAAAACCUGCUUGGAUCCUUGUUCCAGAAUAGCUCCUUUAACUCAAGUUGCAGACUGACUUCCCUCAGGCCUGCGAAGAAUGGAACAUUCACAGGGGUGGCUACCACCUGCACCUACCAGCACAACCCUGCACACCCUGGAAUGGAUGUUCAGGAUCUGUACUCAAAACUGAGUCAUCUGAGCCAUGGAGUCACCCAACUGGGAAAUUACACACUGGAGAAGCAUAGCCUCUAUGUGAAUGGUUACAAUGAACCUGGUUCAGAUAUACUUACUACAGCUCCUGAGCCAAGCACCACCAUCCUGCCUUUUACAUUGACAUCUGUACAGCCUGAAUCCACCACAGCUGUGGAGCAUCAUCUGAAGACUGUCAUACUCAAUUUCACCAUCUCUAAUCUUCCUUAUUCAGAAGACAUGAACUAUAGCUCAGCCAAGUUCAACUCCACUGAGAGUGUUCUACAAUUCUUGCUAACACCCUUGUUCCAGAAUAUCUCCUUCAACGCAAGCUGCAGACUGACCUCUCUCAGGCCUGAGAAGAAUCAAAAUUACACUAGUGUAAUGGUCAUUUGCUCGUACCAACAUGAUUCUGUGCAUCCUGGGCUGCAGAUACAAGAAAUAUAUUCAGAGAUGAGCCAUCUGACCCAUGGAGUCACUCAGCUGGGCAACUACACGUUGGACAAAGAUAGUCUCUAUGUGAAUGGUUACAGUGGAACUGGUACAGAAGAAUCAACAACAAAUCCUAAAUCAGCCACUACCAUGCCACCUUCUCCAACAAUACCUGUGCAAACAGAAACCACCACAGCUGUGGGGCACCACUUGAAAACUGUCUCAGUCAGCUUCACUAUCUCCAACCUCCCAUAUUCAGCAAAUAUGAACAAUGGCUCAGCUGUGUUCAACUCCACUGAGAUCUUCCUAAAGAAUCUGAUGGAACCAUUGCUCCAUAAUGGUUCUUUCAACUCAAGUUGCAGACUGGAUUCUCUCAGGCCUGAGAAGAAUGGAACUGCCACUGGUGUAGAAGUCAUCUGCACAUACUUGCAUGACCUUGCACAUCCUAUGUUGGACACCCAUGGAUUUUACUCAGAGCUGAGCAAUCUUACCCAUGGAAUAACCCAGCUGGGCAACUAUACACUGGACAAAGGAAGUUUACAUGUGAAUGGUUAUAAUAAACCUGGUCCAGAAGAACCUCCUACAACUCCUGAGCCAGCCACCACUACCCUACCUUCUCCAUCCGCAUCUCUGCAGCCAGAACCUGCCACAGGUGUGGAUGCCAUCUGUGCCUACUACCAAGACCCUGCACAUCCUGGGUUGGACAUCAAAGAGCUGUACACAGAACUGAGAAAUCUAACUCAGGAACUCACCCAGCUGGGUAACUACUCACUGGACAAGGACAGUCUGUAUGUCAACGGUUAUAAUAAACCUCGUCCUGAAGAACCUUCUACAACUUAUGAGCCAGUCACCACUACCCUACCUUCUCCAUCUGCAUCUCUGCAGCCAGAACCUGCCACAGCUAUAGGGCACCAUCUAGAAACCCUCACAAUCAACUUCACCAUAACCAACCUUCCAUAUUCAUCAAAUAUGAGCAACGGCUCAGUUCUGUUCAACAAAACUGAGACUUUCCUCCAGUACCUGCUUGGACACGUGUUCCAGAAUGGCUCUCUCAACUCCAGUUGCAGACUGGAUUCCCUCAGGCCUAAGAAGAAUGGAACAGUCACUGGUGUGGAUGUCAUCUGUGCCUACUACCAAAACCCUGCACAUCCUGGGAUGGAUAUCAAAGAGCUGUACACAGAACUGAGAAAUCUAACUCAGGGAAUCACCCAGCUUGGUAACUAUUCACUGGACAAGGACAGUCUAUAUCUCAAUGGUUAUAGUGAACAUGAUGCAGAAGGACUUCCUACAACUACUGAGUCACCCACCACCAUCCUGGCUUCUCCAUCGACAUCUGUGCAGCCAGAACCCAUAACAGACAUGAAGCCAACCACUCUUCUGCCAACAGAAAUCCCAACAACCAGUACCAGCUCUCAGCAUUUCAACUUGAACUUCACCAUCACCAACCUACCCUACUCCCAAGACAUAGCCCAGCCAGGCACCACCAAACACCAGCAAAACAAGAGAAGCAUUGAAUAUGCGCUCAACCAGCUUUUCAGAAACAGCAGCAUCAAGAGUUAUUUUUCUGACUGUCAAGUUUUAGCCUUCAGGUCUGUCUCCAACAGCAACCACACAGGGGUAGAUUCCCUGUGUAACUUCUCACCAUUGGCUCGGCGAGUGGACAGAAUUGCUAUCUAUGAGGAAUUCCUUCGGAUGACACAGAAUGGUACUCAGUUGCUGAAUUUCACACUGGACAGGAAGAGUGUCGUUGUGGAUGGGUAUUCUUCAAACAGGGAUGACAAUGUGAUAAAGAAUUCUGGUCUUCCCUUCUGGGCCAUCAUUCUCAUCUGCUUGGCAGUACUACUGAUAUUCAUCACAUGCCUGAUAUGCUGUUUCCUGGUGUCUGUCUGCAGAAGAAAAAAGGAGGGAGACUACCAGGUUCAGCGUCACCGCCUAGGUUAUUACCUGCCUCACCUAGACCUGAGGAAGCUCCCGUGACUCCACCUGCCAGCAGCACCUUUCCCCUAGCAGGGUCCAAAGAAUAAAUAAGCCACAUGGGUCAGAUUCAGCACCUGUGACUUUCUUGAUUUGAUCCCUGAGGAGGUCCCUGGAGACAAGAGAGAAAUGUUCCUCCUUUGUUAAAUCCUGGUGGAGACUUAGUUGUGGUCUGUGGCCUCAUGGUAACCCAUUCUUCAAGCAUAACAGAAUUCAUCAAACUGUUGUAUUGGUUACUUUGGGGCUGCUAAAACAAAAUAUCUGACAACAGCAACAUAAAGGAAAGAUGUUCCAGGUUCUGUUGACUCCUCAUGGAAGAUCUUACCCUUUGGGGGGAGUGGAUG